CAUUUGUCGCAGUGAAGGCAAGCUGUCAUGGGUGAUGAGAAUGGGCUGUUCGCAGGAGGAUGAAGGGCAGGCAGAGAAUUUUCCCCCUCGGGUCCAUCCUGGUUUAUUCCAUCUCUGCGUCCUUUAUCUGACCUGUGGUGCCCUAAGUCCACUGGCCACCGAGGUUCAGUGGCACCCAGUGGGGUGGGGAGGCACGGGCCUGGGGCAGAAGAGAGGGAGGGCGCCGUAACAGCCCUGCAGGGCUUUGAGGAACCUUUCGAGAGGAAGUGGCUUCGGAACCGCUCUGGCCGUACCAGGGGCAGGAAAGGCGCGGGGAGGCGGGGAGGCGGGGGAGGUGUCGAGAUGGCGCUCUGCGCGCGGGGCGAGGGAGGGAGCCGAGGACAUGAAACCACAGAGGCCCAGUGAGCCUGGGAGCGAGGCAGGUCGGAUCCGUGUUCGCAGCCGCUGGCGCCGCGUCGGGAAGGGAACAGGUUACCCUGCCGCCCGAGCCACGCCGGCCCCAGGGUGAGACGCGGCAGCGGCUGGCGCCCGCUCCGCCAGGCCGCGUAACUGACUGGCCCGGGCGGGUUUGGAGCUCCCGCGGGGAACCUGGGGAGGGCCCCCGCCUCCCUGCGCGCGCCCUGAGGGGCCCAGCCCAUGCCCUCGCUGUCCUCGCCGGCUCCCGGCUAGAUGACGGUCGACCGCAGCAUGAGCAGUGGGUACUGCAGCCUGGAGGAGGACCUGGAGGACUGCUUCUUCACUGCGAAGACCACCUUCUUCAGGAGUGUGCAGAGCAAGCGUCCUUCGAAGAAUGCCUGCAAACCUGCCGAGGAGCCUCAGAGCCCGCCCACACUGCAGGAGAUCAAGCAGAAGAUCGCCAGCUACAACAGCCUCGAGAAGAACUGCCUGGGCAUGAAGCUGAGUGAAGACGGCACCUACACGGGCUUCAUCAAAGUGCAUUUGAAACUCCGGCGGCCGGUGACCGUGCCUGCCGGGAUCCGGCCCCAGUCCAUCUAUGACGCCAUCAAGGACGUGAACCUGGCAGCCACCACGGACAAGCGGACGUCCUUCUACCUGCCGCUCGAUGCCAUCAAGCAGCUACAUAUCAGCAGCACCACCACAGUCAGCGAGGUCAUCCAGGGGCUGCUCAAGAAGUUCAUGGUUGUGGACAAUCCCCAGAAGUUUGCACUUUUCAAGCGGAUACACAAGGAUGGGCAAGUGCUUUUCCAGAAGCUCUCCAUCACCGACUGCCCCCUGUACCUGCGCCUACUCGCUGGGCCCGACACGGACGUCCUCAGCUUUGUGUUGAAGGAGAACGAGACUGGAGAGGUGGAGUGGGAUGCCUUCUCCAUCCCCGAGCUCCAGAACUUCCUAACCAUCCUGGAGAAAGAAGAGCAGGACAAGAUCCAGCAAGUGCGGAAGAAGUACGACAAGUUCAGGCAGAAACUGGAGGAGGCCUUGAGAGAGUCCCAGGGCAAACCUGGCUAACCUGCUUCCUCUGCUUCCAAUGCCCACGGAUUUAUUUUUUAUUAUUAAUUAUUAUUUUGCAACAGACACUUUUUCUCAGGACACCCAUGACGGAUGCGCCUGUGCUCGCCCAGCAGGCCCAGACGCGGCACCGUCUCUGAGGGACACGCGUGUGCGCAGGGCUGGUCCUGCCCGCCUCCAUGCACUGCCCGUCUGCAGCCUGCCAAGCAGCGCUCCUGUGAAGAACGACCUUGCUGUCUGCAAGCCUUUCACAAACCGAGAAGUUGCCUCUCUCGUCGCCAAAUUGGAACAUUCACACCAGCCGGCAAAGGAAAGGAAAAAUGGAUUGGAGACAUAUGUUCUUUCUCUGGCUUUUAUUCUUCAAUUUCUCCUUUAAUUGGCACUUGCAACACCUUUAUUUAUGAGUCAAAAGUGGUAGCACAUUCCUCUAGCCGGUCUGAGCUAAGCUGCUGAAAGCAGGGUACUGCUGUGAAAGGGCCGUGGCCCGCUCGCCCAGACGCUCGGGCUGGGAGCACCAGAGCUGGGCUCGGCUCAGAGGUUUCCAGAGCAGCUGCAGCCUGGGCCUGGCCCUCAUCGCCCCGGUCCGUGCACACGUGAGCCCGGAGGCACGUGUGUGGUGCGUCGCCACAUCUUUGUCAACAACUGUCUGUUCUUAGGUCACGGCUUUAUUUAAUGCUGCCAUUAUCCUCACGUUUCCACCAAAAGGGAACCAGCUACUUACCAUUUUCAAAGUCUCCUGCUGAGUACAGAAAUCAGGCAGUCAGCGAGAACCAAACAGCUUUGCGGAGAAAUGUGUCCAAGCCAGAGAUCAGGGGAGGGCCCGGCUGCCUCGGUUUCUCGGUCUCCCGCCCUGUCUCCCUCCUCCGGCAGACUGUAGAACCUCCAGGUGCUGCCAGAGCAGCUGCCUUGACUGCAGAGGGGGACCCUCCAACUCAGCCAACUUGGAGUCCUUUGUGUUUUGAAGUGUGGGCCAGCCCGGGGCACUGUGCUCAGUGAGCUGUGGGGCUGGCCUUUCCGCUGACCUCCCCGCUGACCUCAGUGCCUUUUCGUUUCCAGAGAGACAGAGUGGGGCAAAUUUGCUUGAAGCUUUGCUUCUGGCGUGUUCCUGCCAGGCAGUGGGCUGCGGUGGUGCGGGAGCGAAGGCUGGGCGAGCCCUCCCUCCAAGUGUGGGGCCAGGGUCAAACCUUCCUCCCACCAAUGGGCCUGGGCUUUGAUUCCCAUACUCAGUGUCAAACCACAUUAACAGGAUGAAUCAGAUUCCUGACCCUCCGUUUGUCCUGGCUGUUUGUUCUAGUCCAAACUUAAAAGUAAACUAGCCAGGUAGCCAGGACUGCAAAGACACUCCAGUGCCCAGGGAGAAAGACUUUUAACUUCUAAAGCAGGGCAGAUUUUUCAAUCCAGCCCCCGAGAGACCAUUUCUUCUACGUCCUCUGCCUUCCCAAGUUCCUCCUGGGUUGGUUCAAGCCUAAGUAUUUUCGUGUAGCUUCAGAAGUCCCCUCCCGGAUGCUGGCAGAGCCUGCGCUGCCCCACCCGAGAAGGAACGCUGGCCUUCUCCAUGCAAACUGUGCACGUCUUCAGAGCGGCAAAGGCAAGGCAGGCUUGCAGCCUGGAAACCCCGCCGUCUCAGGCUCAGCCUUAUCACUUCCCUCCCCCGGACUCUCCCCCGCUGGCGUGUGCUGAAGGGAGCGGUGGGCAGAGUCCUCUCCUCGUGCUGCAUGUCUUCCCGGCGACAGAAGGCACGGCUCCUGCCGCCACUGCUGUGAAUGCUGCUGAGAACCGCCUUCUGACGGGGGUGGCUAUUUUAUUUUUGAGAAGGAAAGAAGUCAUGUACAUACGUAUUCCAUAAAGGUGUAUAGCUAUAUAUAAAAGAAACAGAGGUGUUUAUGAAAUAAGAAAACUACGGGAAAAUGCAGACUUUAUGCAAAGCACAGUUAGACCCAGGACCGGCCUGAGGUCGGAGCCUCCGGAACCAGUGUGGGUCCAGGACCCCUGCCUUCCCAGAGGUGGGUGUGGCUGUCGGCAGUGCCUUCUGUCGUCCCGUUGUCCUGUGUGUUUGUGUUGAGGGUAUUUCCUCUUUCAACGUCUUUCUUAUGUGGGUUUUAAAAAAAGUAAUAAAAGCUUGUUGCAAAAAUGA